GCGCUUCCCUGAGAGAACGGCGCUGCGUCCGGGUUUGUGUGUCAGCUGACAGGGAGGCCCGCGUUCCAACAUGGCUGUCUGGCUGGGGGUGGCGUUGCUUGGGCGCAAGAGGAAGAGAAGCGAGGCGGGCACGCUGUGGCCCUUGGGGGCCCUGUGGCUGGCCUGCCUGGCGGCGCGGAGUGCGGCGAAUGGCGAGCCCCCCUUGAAGUGCGAAGACCUGCGGCCGGGACAAUAUAUCUGUGAAGAUCCUAAAAUAGACAAUGAGACUCAAGAACCCUUGAAGUGUACAAACCAUACUGCAUAUGUUCCUUGCCUUCCAGCACCAAAUAUUACAUGUAAGGAUUAUAGUGGAAAUGAAACCAAGUUUACUGGAAUGGAAACUGGAUUUUUCAAGCCUGUGGAGUGUCGAAAUGUAAAUGGUUACUCUUACAAAGUAGCAGUAGCUCUGUCUUUAUUUCUUGGAUGGUUGGGAGCAGAUAGAUUUUAUCUGGGAUAUCCUGCAUUGGGCUUGUUAAAGUUCUGCACAGUAGGAUUUUGUGGGAUUGGAAGUUUGAUUGAUUUCAUUCUAAUUUCAAUGCAGAUUGUGGGACCUUCAGAUGGCUCUAGUUACAUCAUAGAUUAUUAUGGAGCAAGGCUUACCAGGCUGGUUAUUACAAAUGAGACAUUCAGAAAACCCCAGCUAUACCCCUGAACUUGUCUGUAACUGCCUUGAACAAGAAUUUAGCUCCAUUUCCUCCAUUUUAAUGGGAGGAAGAUGAAUAAUAGAUGGUGGAAGUGGACUUUGUUCAAAGAAUGUGAUUUGAAGAAGUCCUGGGCACCAUCAACUCUCUGCACAAGCUCUACCUGGCAAACCAUUUCAUCAUACAUGUGACUGGUUGCAUCAAACAAGUUAGGGCUUUCGUGGCAUGAUUUAAAACAGCCCAAUUAAGAAGAGGACAGUGACAUGUCUUUUAAAUGAUUUUACUCAUCGUUAUUUAUUUAUGUACAGUGGACUUGUACAAGUUGGACAAAACUGUGAAAAGCGGACAUGUAAAUAUCAAAGACAGCAAGAAAGGACCUCACAUCCAGCAUCCCUAUCCCUUCUGCUCUUUCAAACCAAAAAGAGCUCAAACAAGCAAAACAUUACGUUGUUUUACAGAUGUACAAAGUUCUAGCUCAUUCGCUCUUCCUCCCUUGCACCAAGUACAUCUUGUACUUUUGGCAACAAGUUGACUGGAUAUUUAAAAGCUGCAAACUGCUCUGAAAGUUUCACAUUGUGGGUUAUGGGCCAUGUGUGUUUGAUCAAAAUUCAAUUACUGCACCGUGCCAGGCUUGGAAACCUAUCAUUGCAAGUUAUGAAGUAUGACGAAAUAAGCUACUCUAAUUGGUUCAGUAUGGGGAGCAGUCUCAACCAAGCUUGUUAUGAUAAAUAGCUUCCUGUGCUAAAGGUUCUCUGGAGCUUAAGUGUCUUGGCUCACCUCCUUCCACAGAAUAAGGAUAUUGUUCCCCAGGAACACUUACAUCACUGUCCUUCUCCCAAUUCAGAAUUAAAUGUUUGUAGCAUUUUCAUCUUGCUCUUAUUGAGAAAUAUAAACACUGCUGUCAUUUCCCUUGUCUUCCAUGCUCUCACUUCUCCUUCCAGUCAUAAAGUGUCUGACAUCGCAUUUUAAUACUUCCAACUACUGUUAUUGGCCAUUUUACUUUUGUCAGCUAUGCUAUGUUGCCACUUGGAAAAUCGUAAGUGGUGCUUGAAGCUUAACCUACUUUUUCAUAGCUAAAAAAAGACAAGGAAUGAACUGUGGCGCUAAACAUACAGUGGCACUUGUUGAAUAUGUGGCUUCAACUACUACUGGUAGUUUUAACGGUAUCUGCUUCUAGAAGAAACAUUAGGCCUAUAGCUAAUAAAGGUAAUGCACAGAACUGUCUCUGACAUGCCUAUAUACUUGUGUGUAGCAACACUAAAGGGAGGCAGAAUGCAGAUCGGGAUGCAUUGAUGGGUUUCCUAGCAAUUUCUAGUCGAGGAACAAAGGGUUCCAGAUCUCUAUAAUUUUAUAAAAUGAAAUACUUCCUCCUUCCUAAAGUAGACAUACAACUUUGUGGUCAAAAGUUCCACAGAAAACAAUGUGCCAUAUUGGUAGAAAUGCUAUAAAUUAAAUAAUAAAUACAUUAAAUCAAUCAAUCAAAAGUCCUUUAUAGCAGACUCUCAGUAAACUGGAUCUCUAGCAGCUGGAACUCUCAAGUGACCAGUAAAGAAAUGACAAAAUAAUUAUGUGAAUUUAAAAAAAAAACAUGUUUAUAACAUGCUAAAAUAGUGUUACGUUAUGUUUGUCUUUAUCUUAAUUUGAUUUUAAUUACUGUAUUUCAAUAUUAAUAUCAAGUCAAUACAGAAUUUUUGGUAUGGUGUAUAGUAUUAGUGAGGCCUAUGUUUAAUAGUAACUCUCAAGCAACCAGAAACUACAUUUAUCCAACAUCUACCAACCUCUAUGGGUGCUGUUUAACAGAGAGUCUACUAUAUUUCUCAAAUCUGAGCCACUUUGUACUUGUUUCCACUUGGUGAGCCAAUGACAAACCAUGAAGAAUCUCAUGUUAUAUGUUUUUGUAGAAAACUGUAAAGUAUUUAAUAUGGCUGCUGCUCUUGCCGGAGUAAUACAAACUUAUUCUUGUUGA